AUGGCGGGCACGAAGGCGGAUGCGAAGGCGGAGACCAGCGGCGGCGGCGGCUCUUUCAGCGAGAAGGGGCUUGCCGAGAAGCUAAAUAAACUCAACAGCUCCGCGGCGAGCAUCCAGACACUUUCACAUUGGUGUGUUUUUCACCGGAAGAGAGCCAGAAGAAUUGUCGACACAUGGGAGAAGCAGUUUAAUAAUGCAACAAAGGAUAAGAAAGUGUCAUUCCUGUAUCUAUCAAAUGACAUCCUGCAAAAUAGCAAACGCAAGGGUGGAGAAUUUGUGAAUGAGUUUUGGAAGGUUCUUCCGGGAUCACUUAAAGAUGUUCAUGAUAACGGGGGAGAACAUGGAAAGAAAGUGGUCGCAAGAUUAAUAGGGAUUUGGGAUGAGCGGAAGGUUUUUGGAACCCGUAUUGAGAGCCUAAAAGUUGACAUCCUUGGUGAGAACCCUCCUACAUUGGAUAACAACGAUAAUGGUUCAAAUCCUAGCCCUAAUCCCUCUUCAGAUCCCAAAGCUGCUCGGAAGGAUUCCAGUACAUAUAUAAAAGAACUGACUGUUUCCGGGAUGCCUGAAAAGAUUGCGACUGCAUAUCAGUCUGUAGUUGAUCAGUAUUUUGAUGAGGACGCAUCUUUAAACAAAUGUAAGACUACUGUUAAUGUUUUGGAGAAGAUGGACAAAGAUGUAGAUAAUGCUUGUACCCAUGGUAUUCCUCAAGCAUCAUCAUUGGUCUCUGACCUUCAAGAGCAGGAAGCAGUCCUCAAGAAGUGCAUUGAGCAACUUGAAAGUGUCGACAGAGCUAGGAUAAACCUGAUUAAUCAACUAAAAGUAGCUCUCAGUGAACAGGAAGGAAAGUCGGAGCUUCUUCGCACUCAGUUGCAAGUUGCUCGAGCAGAGGCUGAACAUGCCAUGCAACUCAGACAACGUCUUGGUGGUGCUCCUGUUACGAAUGGUCCAGGAUCUAGUUCUGGUCCACCCAUGAUUACAUUCCCAUCAGAGCAAACAACUGCUGCGAUGCAGAAUUCAGAAGCAAGUCCUAUAUCUCCUCAGUUUCAGCCGGUGCAUCCAGCAACCUCACCUCCCACCAUGACCAGUGCUAUGGGUGAUGAGCCCAAGAUAACAGCAGCAGCUAUGGCAGAUAAGCUUGCAUCUUUGUCAUCUGGCCAGCAAGUGCUGUCCUCCAUUUUCUCAUCCCUUGCUGCUGAACAAGCUGCUUCCAUAAAUGGUGGUUCAUCUUCUGGAGAACUCUCUGCAGGGCCUCCCGGCUUUGACAGACCAAAGAGGCCUAGACUUGAGCAGCAGGCUGGUGAUACGGGGGCUCCCCCUUUCUUUGCCCAAGUACCACAAGUGCAACAACAGAUUGGAGCAGUACCUACUUCUCUUGGAAGCACACAGUCACCAGCGCAGGCUAACCAAGUACCAGGUUCAUUUGCGCCACCUCCAUUACAACCUAUGGUACCGCAACUUAUGCAGCAGUUUAGUCAAAAUACUGGAGGUCCUGGAGGAAUGUUCGGAAUGAUACCCUUUGGGAUGAUGGCUGGCUCUUUGCCACCUCCACUUCCAUUGUUGCCGGCAGGUUUUGCAAUGCCAAAUGGACCACCUCCUCCACCUCCUCUGCCACCCAUUCAGCAGCAGCAGCAGCAGUCUCCACAGGCACCACAGCAAUCUCCAACAUCAACUGGAUUCUUCCAAACUUCAAGCACUGGGUUUUUCCCUCCAGUUCAGGUGCAGCAAUCUCCAUCCGUCCAACGGCAAUGA